AUGCAGGCCCAAUCUCUCAUUGCAAAUUUGCAUUUUCUCCAGCCUCUUGUCUGUCUUGAUGCUGCUUCAGAAUUGAUUCUCGAUUUGAUUCAUGUCGCCUGUCCCGAUCUCUACGCCUCUUCUCGCUCGCGACGAGUAGUGGCUAGAUUACCCGGUCUGCUGGCCUGGCUUUAUUACUUUCAUGAUCUUCUUAUGGCCAAGUACUCUUUGUAUUGGUUCUCUAUCCUCGAGCGUCAUGCUCCCAACAUCGUAGAGGCGAAAAAUUUCAUCAGCACUGAAAAUCCUGAUCUGGUUACUAAGUAA